AGGUAACAGUUGAAAAACGAUAGAUGCGAGUACGUGUAUAUCUCGAGAAUGUUCUGAAAACAAAGAUAAGAAGUGCUUAAUACAAUAAUAUAAAAUUUUCAUCUUUCAUCUCUGCCUGUACCUACGGACUUUUGUUACACCGCGUUUAAUGGGCGUAACUUGGCCUUGCGCUUCAACGUUAAGUCUACAAUAUGUUGUGUAAGUUGUAACGUUACUCCACAACCGACGAUAAACCUUGAAGUUUGUUUUUAUAUUAAACUACAAUAACCCGUGUUGUGUUGACGAAAGAAACAUGCUGGUCAAUGUCCCAUAUCUUGUCACUUUGUUCGUCUGUUUGUUGAGGGUCACGGUGGCACAGAUGCAGAAAGAUGAAUCACCUAUUCACGUGACUCCACUCAAGAUUCCCGUGGCUACCAACAGCGUAACGACUAGCGUGUCCAUUCUGGCCAAUAGUGUGCUCCCUAUUGUAGCUGUGGGCAUUCCUUCCAGAAUCAAAUUCCUAAUAAUACAGUGUCAUUCCCAGAAAAAUAACAUAACGUUGGCCUAUGAUCCAGAUCUCACUCCAUCGACUGGAUCAGUUUAUGGAACUAAUAUCGGGCUUGUUGGACUGCUCGAGCCUCUGGUGACCGAAUUCUGUGUUUGGCUGUUUAACUACAACACGGUUAACUUCACAAUUUUAGUUAAUAUAGUACCAUAUGAUACGAAUGAGCCUAUACCCGGCGGCUGUAACAUGGAGUUUCCUGUAGAGAUAUCACCAUUUCUACGUGUUCACUACGAUUACGUUAACACGAGGGUAGAAUUCCAACAUGGCAGACUUCCCAGUUCCCGAGGCAUGCCUCCUGUCUCUUGUGAUACCAGCAUAAUGUUCCUUUCAUACCAGCUCUAUGUUUAUUUUCUUGGCGAGAAUGACUACAGUGAAAGGACUUAUUUUGAUGGGAUUAAAGCUGUGACCAAUAUAACCAGCAUCAAGAAACAUGCUUCCUUGGUUCAACCUUUCGGUCAGAAACCCACAACGAGAGCCCUAUUCCUGUCUUACCCAGGACAAGGAGUGAUAUACAGCUUGAUUGUCCAAUAUCGAAAGAAUGACGUCACGUAUGAAGCUGCCUACGUUCCCUCUUCAACAUAUGGGUGUAGCUUUCUUUCAGAAGUCGAUGGAUGUGGACAGUUAAGUCAACCAUUCGCUAAGGUUUUUGCAGUUAUUUUAGCUGCUGUGGGAUUGUUCAUCUGCAUGAGAGGUCAUCGUUUCUUUAAAACAGAAAUGUUUUUCUUUGGAUUUCUCGUGUUUUCGCUGUUAUCAUUUAUUUUGUGGACAAGAUUUACAGACAUCAGUACUACAGAUCGUGAUGUGUUGACCAUUACAUUUGGAUUUGUGGGUGGAGUAGCCUGGUUAGCUGUGUGGUGGUUUUUUGGCAUACCUGUAAUAUCAGUACUAUUAGUUGACUUUACCUUAGGGUUCCUUCUAACGUCCGUUGUGUUUUUCAGCCCUGUUGGAAACUUUGAUGUGUUUCGAAGCGACUUCAACUACUGGAUGAUAUUUGCAUGUGGAAUACUUGCUUUACCUGUGUUCACGUUACCCAUGACAAAAACGCUCAAUAUUAUUGCCACUGCAACAGUUGGAGGUUAUUGCUCUAUCGUUGUGAUAGACAGGUAUAUCGGCACCACCCUAACUUAUAUCGUGUUGAAUGUCGUUAAACGUGCUGUGGUGGAAGACUUAGCAUUGGCCUCCAAUAACUUUCCUUUCCAAACUAAUGAUGUUAUUUUAAGUGUUGCCUGGGGUAUUCUGACAUUUAUGGGCAUGUCUUUGCAACUUUAUACCGAAUUCAAAAGACCUCCUUUCCCACCAACGCCCUAUAAAAUCUGGCAAAGAAAUCGACAACUUCGUAGACAGCGUCAGUUGAACCUUGCCCAGCGAUCAAUUAGUAUUCAACCUACAGCGCCUUUUAGAGAUCAGAUUGAUACAUCUAAUGAGUAUCAACCAUUACUAGGAAGACGUCGAGAACCUUUAAGAAGCUAUGCUAGUACAUAUUCUGCCAAUGGAUUAAGUAAUAGAGACAUUGUAGAUUGAUAUUUAAAUCUUAUAAAAAUGAAUUUUGCUCCUUUAAGCAAAAAUGUAUAUACGUAUUCACACACACACACAAGUUCUGUAAUUGAUAAAUUAGGCCUACAAGGGAUUGCACUCGGCUUACUGUCGUUCCCAAUGCUAGGCUUAAUCAUUAACCUACAGUGACUUAAGGCAGUUUAAAUUCCCUGUAGGCCUGUUUAAUGAAUAACAAACAAUUUAAAUGAUAUGCAUAUAUAUAUAUAUAUAUGUGUGUGUGUGUGUGUGUGUCUAGAUGUCUACUGAUACCAGGCAAAAUAGGACUUUCAUUGGUUUGAUUUCCUUAUCUAGACAUUGGAGGAAUUUACUGAAAAAUAAAUGGUUCAUCCAGACCGGUUUUUCACAAAUCAGUUAUUUAUCAUACACAUUGAUUUGUAAAUACAUAAAAAUAAUAAAAUGUUACCUAAAAUUAAAUGUUCAUUUAGUGAUUCUUAUUAGUAAUUAAACAUCACAAAGCCAUCCAUUAGUGUAUUAUAUAUAUUGUUGUGAAUUAAUACUCGUAUGAUAUUAACUCAGUUCGAAUAUGUACAUUUUACCAUAUAAUUUAAUUUUAAAUAAGUUUGUUUUUAUUUCUAGUCCUCUUACUGGUUAAUAGUUUAAAGAUUCAUGAAAGUAUUUCAUAACAGUAUAACUUAACUACUUAGAUAUAUAUCAUUUAUUAUAACCUGAGAGUCAGAUUUGUGCACGGAUUAUAUAUGACCUUUCACUAUAACUCAAGUCAAGAUGGGUCUCUCAAACUAACAUAUACUGAGUCAAACAGUAACAAACACUGAAGUCAAGUCAACUUUCAAUAUCACUCAACCUAACACAGAAUGAAGACAGCUUUCAUUACAACUCAACCUCACAUAGACUAAAGUCAAGACAGCUUUCGCUACAGUCAACCUAACAAACACUGAAGUCAAGAUAGCUUUCAUUAUGUCUCAACCUCAUGUAGACUAAAGUCAAGACACUAUUCACCACAACUUAACCUAGCACAGCUUUCACUGCAUCUCAACCUCGUGCAGACUAACGUCAAGUUAGCUUUCACUACAUCUCAACCUCAUGUAGACUAAAGUCAAGUUAGCUUUCACUACAUCUCAACCUCAUGUAGACUAAAGUCAAGUUAGCUUUCACUACAUCUCAACCUCAUAUAGACUAAA